AGCGCUGUGGGCAGUUGUCCGUGAAUUCACCACAGUAAAAGUGUUAUGAAAUCCUUUUAUUGGGAUAAAUCUUGUCCAGAGCUGCAGCCGUAUUACACGUGGUUACUAUUCAUCUUUGUGUCCCUGCAUAUGGUAUUUCUAAGAUUGCUAUUUUAAUAAACAGUCUGUUAAAGAGGCCAGGAAUGUUUUAUUUUGACAUUGUUGAGGAGAAACGUCGUAUUUUGCUCUGUGACUCUUGACACUUAGUUAAUCGGCUCCUGCACCGGCUCUUGUCCCAGCCGUUCUUUAUCCCCUGAUCUAUUUUCUGGCUGUGAAUCAGCGGAGGAUUUUUGCGCAGUCUUUUACGCGACUCGGACAUGACAGUACGCACGGUAAUGGAUCCUCUGGGCUCGGAACAUUGACUGUCGUGAGCUCAUCACAGCUUCCAGGCCCGGUUCCAACAUCUCGAUUUUUUUUUUUCUUAAACGGUGAUGAGGAUGGUCCGGUAAGGUGUAGUUUCGGAUUUUCUUCUUCUUUUUUUUUUCAACAGUGUGGAGAAGAAAGUCACUGGUAUGAUGAAGAUUUGGAGCACCGAACAUGUUUUCAGUUACCCUUGGGAAACCGUGAUCAAGGCUGCCAUGAGGAAGUACCCCAACCCCAUGAACCCCAAUGUGGUUGGGGUGGAUGUUCUGGAUCGCAGUCUGGAUGCAGAAGGACGUCUCCACAGCCACAGGCUCCUCAGCACGGAGUGGGGGCUACCGGGUAUCGUACGAGCGAUACUGGGAACCAACCAGACACAGACGUACGUGAAGGAACAUUCUAUAGUCGACCCAGAUGUGAAGAAGAUGGAGUUGUGCUCAACAAAUAUUACUCUCACCAACCUGAUAUCAGUGGAUGAGAGACUUGUUUAUACACCGCACCCAGAAAACCCAGAGGUUACUGUCCUGACACAGGAAGCCAUCAUUACAGUGAAGGGAGUCAGUCUGAGCAGCUACUUGGAGGGGAUGAUGGUCAGGAGUAUGUCUGCUAAUGCUCGGAAGGGCUGGGAUGCUAUUGAAUGGAUAAUUCAGAACUCUGAAAGGGAGAACGUACCGCUCUGCGACAUUUACUAACACUGGAUUCCGGAUCCACUGACGGCGGAUUUCCUCAGCUACUCCUCGUACCUGAAGGGGGGGGGGGU